AUGUCGACCGGGCGCAAGGUCUUCCACUGUGCAGUGGAUCAAACCGCGUUGACCACCAAUAUCAGCGAAAUCAAAAAAUGGACGACCAAUGGAGCCAUCACCCUUAUUGUUCCACUUUACACCUUGGAGCGUCUGCAUCAAUUGAAAAGAGCCGGAUCUCAGAUCGCCAUCAACGCUCGCGAGGCCGUUCGCUUCCUCGACAAGGUCACCUCCGGAAAGGACAACGUCGCCGCCGAACGCGUCAUUCUCCAGGGUCCGAUGGAGCAGUACGAGGAUUGGUCGGAGGCGGAGAAGUUCUUCCUGCCGGAGUUUGAGGAGGAACCUGAGGCGAUUAACGGCAUCCCUGCCGACGGGGAGGUGUCAUCGGAGAAACGAGACGAAAAGGAAAGACACAAGGAGAAGGAAGGAAAUAUUCCGAAGAGGACUGGAGCCCCCGAUGAUUUGUCGCAAAUGCUUCUCAACAAGCUGAACUUCAAGAAAGAUGCCGAUGCCACCUCGAUCACCUCGACCGGUACUCACAGCGGCCCUGCGUCUCGUCCCUCGUCCCGAAGCUCGCGAACCAGCCCUGAAUGCGCGAACUCGCAUGUGGUUGAAAAUGGGGACUCGAAGGAACCCAAACAAAAACCGGCAAACGGACAUCGCCGCUCGGGGUCCAACGCCGUCAUCCCGACAGUCCCUCCAGCGCUACGACCCCUUCUCAGUGCGCUCCUCUGGCGACUACAUAGCGGACCCGAUGCUACGAAUGCCGCGAAGGCCUGCAUCCUGGUGACCAACGACCGUGACACUCAGAUCUGGGCCCAGAAAUUCGGCAUCGGCGUGAAGAACAUCCACCAGCUACGGACAUCCAUCCAAUACGAGGAACGGGAGUACAAAAACCGAUGCAAAUAUGUCGAGAAGACCCAGGCGACCGAACCCAAGUCCCUCCUUGCCUACGAGGACGAAAGCGACGAAGAUGAACUGGUCUUCGUUCCCCGCGGACGUGGCAAAAGUUCCUCCAAAGGUUCUCGUGGAGGCAACAACCGCAAGCCUACUGCACCCAAGACCGUGGCGCCACCGGUCGAGAGUACCAUGGAGAUCCCCACACAACCUAUCGAUCCCAAUUCGUUCAGUCGGUCUUUGAGCGUGCCCUCGAAGCAGCCGCCGACGGUUGAUCUCAGCACCCAGUCGGGUGCUGCACGAGGCAUCGCGGGUACCUCCCGGCAUCCGAAUCACAACCGUCGCGGGGGCACUCGGGGUGGUUCCCGCGGUGGAAGCCGUGGCCGGGGCAAGUUGUGGGUUCCUUGA